AUGGGAGGUCCUGUCGAGCAACUUGUCAACGAUUUCGGCAUCCAGUUCAUCCACAGCACUCCAUAUUAUGCUCAGUCCAAUGGUCAAGCGGAAGCUAGCAACAAGAUUAUUAUUUCCUUGCUAAAGAAGAUGCUGGUAGAAAACCCUCGACAGUGGCACGAUACUUUGUAUGAGACGCUUUGGGCUUAUCGCACGUCCAAGAGGAAUCCCACCGCUACGACACCUUAUGCACUCAUGUUUGGCCAUGACGCUGUUUUACCCCUAGAAAUCAACGUUCAUUCCUUACGCGUACAAGAGCAACAUCACUUGAUCGGUGAAGAUUACGUCCAGAAACAGCAUAUUGCCCGCGCCUAUGAUAAGAGGACGCGUGGUCGUAGUUAUAAAGAAGGAGACCUUGUUUGGAAAGCUAUUUUGCCCUUUGGUGAGAAAUUAACCGGCCGCGGUAAGUGGACUCCGGAAUGGGAGGGACCCUUUGCUGUUCACCGUAUCAUGGAACGCAGAGCUUUUCACCUCAAAGACUUGGAUGGCGAUAUCCAUCGCAACCCCAUGAACGGGCGGUUUUUGAAGAAAUACUACCCUAGUGUUUGGGAGUUCGAAGAUCCACCUGACCAACCUUUUUCCCAGACAGGGGGGCAAACAUAA